UUCAUAAACACGCCCGACUCUCCAAACACCUGAGCAGGAAUGGCCUUGACAUUGUGGUUAAGAUGUUACGUAAAGGUCUCUCCUUUCGGCAUAGUCGGUUUCUUCUAGUCUUGCCCAAGUCCCAUUAGACAGCUGCCUUUUAAAUUUCAACAAUUCAAUGUUUUCACUACCAAAUUGGACUGGCCAAACGGGUUUCCAUGGUGCGACACAGUUGUCCCAAUGUCAAUCAUGUCACUUCCGUGCUUGUUCAGGAAACUGCUGAAGAAACUGAAGAAAAGCAUCAGCAACAGAAGGCCGAUAUCGAAAUGGCUGCUCCGCCUGCCCAGGGGCCUGUUUCCUAAUUAUCGGGUGUUAGUCAACAGUGUUAUCGUCGAAUCCAAUCGACGAACUCUGCAUUUCAUCAGUGAUGACCCUUUGGAAGUGAGUGAAGAGUCGUUUUCCAGUGGCAACGACUUCCAGCUCCAAACCCAGGACGAAAUGGGAAGAAAUUGCUGCAAACAUUGUCGCCAACUGUGCAACCCCACAGGGCGUUUGACUAAUCGCCCCAUCAGGACUCUCCCUAUUCUUACAAAUCAUUCAACACCCAUCCGGGCUUGGUUAGAAAAUGUGGAUGUCGCUGACAUACCACCGCCCCCACCAAUGCCCUCCAGUGGAGACGAAAUUAAAAAUCACACUCCUUUAAGAAGGUUCACUGUUUCAGACAUUCGAUCUGUCCAGUUAAGGCCCACAUCGACCAAGCUCGACCUGCCCAAAACCCCAGACGUUCACGAUAUGAUGGCUGUUUUACGAAGACGGUUUGCAGCCAUCCAUUCGCCCAUGGUUGACAGCGUAGUCCGGGUAAGCAGCGACUCUGAAGAAGACACUUUCGGGUUUCACUGGGAUGUUUCCAGGUUGUCAUAAAAAAUGAAAAACUGUACCUAAACCAUAUCUAUGUUCUACUAGUUAAGCUGCAUUAAAUACCAAAAAAAGAGA